AUGGAAAACAAAAAGACGUUUGUUGUAGUCGGAAUGGCUGGAUGUGGGAAGACAACCUUUGUUCAGAGACUCACCAGCUGGAUUAUGCAACAUGAAUCCAAAGAGCAGGCUAAUCCAAUCAAAUCAAUUGAACUAGUCAACUUGGAUCCAGCAGUACUCAAUACCAAAGUGCCGCCUACUAUUGACAUUCGAGACUACGUUGAUUACAAAGACAUUCUCAUUCAGAACAAUCUUGGAUCAAAUGGUGCCAUUUCUGCCUGUUUAAACCUCUUCAUGUUAAAAGGCAUCAAAUUGGACACCAAGAAAUACACCAUCAUAGACACCCCUGGUCAAAUUGAGUCAUUCAUUUAUUCAGCACCAGGCGAUAUUGUCUUCAGCUCACUCACAUCCCAACUUACCAUUCUCUUUCUCAUUGAUCUCUCCGUCGAUAGCCUCUAUUCAGUUGUAUCAAAUCUGAUUUUUGCUGGAUCACUUGCUUCCAAAUAUAACACUAUCAUUGUAUUCACCAAAAAUGACGAAUCAAAAAUCCACGCCAUUUCAGACUUGUUUGAUUACGAUAAGAUGCGCAAUGUAACUGCAACUGACGAUCUCAGUGAAAUUGGAACCCUUGUGACUUAUUUUGAGGAGUUCUAUAAAGACAUUGAGUACGUCUCAAUUAGUUCAGUUACUGGUGAUGGAAAACACGAACUAAUCAAGAAGUUGAAGUUGUUUUGA